AAAGGCUCAAUGGGGAUCCCUGGGCGGCCGGGACUGAAAGGGCAACCUGGAGAGAAGGGUGCUCCAGGAGAAGCGGGCAUGUCCAUCAUCGGGCCCCGUGGUCCACCCGGACAGCCUGGAACAAGAGGUUUUCCUGGAUUCCCGGGCCCGAUUGGCUUGGACGGCAAACCGGGUCAUCCUGGACAGAAGGGGGAGAUGGGUGCUGCAGGUCCCAGGGGACAACCCGGACCGCCAGGACAAAAAGGAGAAAAGGGUCAGUGUGCAGAGUACCCACACAGGGAAUACCUAAGUACCACCCUUGCAGCCCUGCGCUCUAACCAGAUCCUUACGCUGAAGGGCGAACAAGGACAAGCUGGAAUUCAAGGGCCCCCAGGGCCCCCCGGCCCACCAGGGCCCGCCGGACAGGCCGGACCUGAAGGAAGCCCAGGACAGCCUGGGCCAAUUGGGCCACCUGGCAGAGCAGGAGAACCUGGGAAGCCUGGCAGAGAUGGAAAGGGCUUACCUGGGCCUCCUGGACCAAAGGGAGACCCUGGAAUUCAGGGAUACCCCGGCAGGAAGGGGGAGAGAGGCAUGCCAGGGCUGCCAGGAAGACAUGGCACUAAGGGCGCUCCCGGGAUGGCCAGCGCAGGGAUGAAGGGCGAGCCCGGGACUCCAGGAGAAAAGGGUGAGAAGGGACGAGCUGGUGACCCUGGGCUUCCUGGACUGCCUGGCAUGAAGGGAGAGAAAGGAAAUGCUGAGAAUGCUCUGGCAGGAGGUAAAGGAGAACCUGGCCCUCCAGGUCUGCCUGGGCUCCCUGGACCAAAGGGGGAACCUGGUUCACCGGGAGACCAGGGGCCCACAGGCCCGAGGGGCCCCAAAGGAGAGCCUGGGAAGGAUGAAAUGAUGGACUAUGAUGGUAACAUCAGUGAAGCCCUCCAGGAAAUCCGAACUUUGGCCUUGAUGGGACCUCCAGGACUUCCAGGUGUGGCUGGACCUCCAGGGCCACCAGGACAGAAGGGUGAAAUCGGCUUGCCAGGUCCUCCAGGCCACGAUGGAGAAAAGGGACCACGUGGCAAGCCUGGAGAAGUAGGCCCCCCUGGCCCUCCUGGACUGCCAGGAAGGGAUGGACCACCUGGAAUAAAGGGAGAGCCAGGCCACAGCGGGGCCACAGGAGAAAAGGGUGAUAAAGGAGAGCCAGGCCAAGCUGGCCCACCUGGUCUGGAUGGCCCCACUGGAGAGAAAGGUGAACGAGGUGACCAAGGGAUGCCAGGACCGUCAGGAUUGCCGGGUCCCAUUGGACUUCCAGGACUGACAGGACAGAAGGGUGAGCCCGGGGAGCGUGGAGACAAAGGACAUCCAGGAGAGUCGAUAUCUGGCCCCCCUGGACCCCAAGGCCCACCAGGACCUCCAGGUCUUCAGGGCCUGCCCGGACCCAAGGGGGAAGCAGGGAUUGAUGGAAUGAAAGGAGAGAAGGGCGCCCAGGGUGAAAAAGGAGACAGAGGGCCACUGGGAUUACCCGGUGCUUCAGGUUUAGACGGCAGGCCUGGACCACCGGGUACUCCAGGACCAAUUGGAGUUGCAGGACCAGCCGGACCAAAAGGAGAAAGGGGCAGUAAAGGAGAUCCUGGAGUUGUAGGACCAAUGGGGCCAGCAGGACUUCCUGGUUUACAAGGUCUGCCUGGUGACAAAGGAAUCCGGGGGGAGAGGGGCAAGAAAGGCUCUAGAGGGUCUAAAGGGGAUAAGGGAGACCAAGGAGCGCCUGGAUUAGAUGCACCCUGUCCGUUGGGAGAAGAUGGCCUUCCAGUUCAAGGCUGCUGGAAUAAGUGAUGAUUCUAACCCUGGACUGGCCUCUGUGUGUUACUGUACAUAGAAUAUUUAUUUUUAUACAGUGUUCUUCUCUGGAAUGCCAAAAGUUAUGCAUUUUUACAAAUUAUCAAAAAGCUGCAUAUUUUUUGUACAGAAAGCCCUAGAUGUCCCCUCUUCCCUGUUUGUCAGUUCUUGGUAUAAUUCUGUGUCUGCAUUAUGCUUGUUUUGUCAUAGAGUACAGCUGUAAUAUUUACGUGAUGUUUGUGCACACGUGAUGA